CCCGUGACUCUUCCGCGCUCGCCUCUCGAUGGUGCCUGCAGCCGCUCCGGCCGCUGACGUCUUCUCCGUGACCGGAAGUGGGCGUGGCGAGGCGUUUGUUAUGAUGGCAGCCCCUUCCGACGCGGCGGCGAGUCCUGAAGCAAGGGAGGCGAGACUGUCCCCAUGAGUUCUCCCGCGGAGGAUGUCCAUGAUCCUCUUUGCCUGCGUGGUGCGGGUAAGGGACGGACUUCCUCUCUCGGCCUCCAGUGAUUUCCACCUAGACCCUCGUUUUUUGGAAUGCAGGAAGAGACUCAAGGUCCUGUCCUCCAUACUGACGCAGUAUCCAGAACGGGGCACAGCCAAAGAAUGUGACCUCAGCAUACACUUCCAUACUUCCGGGGGCGUCGCCUGUACCUGCAUUGCCAUCAGCAGUUACCCAGCUGUGAUGGCCUUCUGUUUCCUGGAAGAGCUUCGGUGUAAAUUUGCCACAUCCUACAAUGCCACCAGUGUCAGCCUGGCUUCCAGACCGUAUGCUUUCCUUGAAUUUGACAGUGUCGUCCAGAAAACCCAAAACCAGUUCAACCACACCAACUGCGCUCAGCCAAAGAUCGACGUGGCAAAGAUGCAGGAGGACCUCCGCUUGCGACCUCCCGCCCUGGUCAGCUGGGAAGACAUGGAAUUGAUGAACGGGAUAGUGAACGGCCGGGCGGAAGCUCACCUGGAGACAGCUCCUGCUUGCCGGAUGCAGCCAGUCUCUCCUUUGGGGAUCCUCUCCCUUGUCCUCAACAUCAUGUGUGGUGCACUCAACCUUAUUCGAGGGGUACACCUGGCAGAGUAUUCGUUGCAGGAAGAUCACCAAGAAAUUGGAAACAUCAUAGCGUUCCUGUUGCCUUUCAUGUGCUGCUUUGGUUUGUGUUACCUCUACUUAUUCUACACUUCCGCCCGGAAGAUCAAAGUUUUCAUCCUGCUUGCAACUGUCUGUCUCUGCAAUGUGUACCUGUACGGAUUACGAAACAACUGGCAAAUCCUCUUCCACAUCGCAGUUGCGUCCUUUUCUUCUCACCAGAUCCUAACCCGGCAGGUGGCUGAGAAACAGCCGGAUUUGGGGGUGUGAAAAAGGACUCCUUGCAUCCCAGACGGGGUGUUAAAAAAAAAAAAAAGUCUCAGCUUUGAGGGAAAUUAUUCUAAAGGAGCUCUGAGCAAAUUGACUUGUAAGUUUGGGUUUUUUUCACCCUUGCUCAAAAUAAUGCAUUUUAGCAAAAAGAAAAAAAAAAGAAAAACACUAUUUAUUUUUUUAGACCUGACAGGCAGGAAAGAAAAUAUCCAUCUUAAGGAAGGAAGCUUGCAAUCUUUUUAGAUUAAUUUGUUUAAUCCAAAAAAAGGGCCGCAGGGUGUGCGUGCUGAAAAAGACUCUCGCUGCUCUGAGUUGUAGCAAAAAUUCAGAGUUUUAGAGGCUGCCGUCCGAUUUUUCCGUCCAACUUUGUGUGUGUGUGUGUGUGUGAGCAGAAAGCAAAUUCAGAAAGCCACAUCCACCGCUGAUAAUCUGGGAAAAAUCAGCCUGGAAAAUCAGUAUGCACUGGAAACUCCCAACUGUGUCCUAUAAGCUCUGUCCAAGAUGAACUUUGGAAAGUGGUUGCAACCCACUGUGGGAUCCCUCCAAGUUUAAAGCACAAGAUUCUUUUACCAAACCAUUGAGGGUUUUUUUUAUAUAUACAUAUAAUUAAUUGUAAUAUUAUUUGGGAGAGGAUAAUUGUAAUAUUAUUGGGAAACUAACUUUUGAAUCAUGUUUGCAUUAGGCUAAGUUGUAGAUAAAUCUAUUUAUAUUGAGUUUGGGCAGAGGAGGCAGCAGCCUCGAAAAAUCACGGAUUGGUGAAGGUGCCUUGAGAGAGAACGUCCUGUAAAAAUUACCUGUACAUAGCCCGUUCCUUGUUUUGAACUAAAAAAAAAAACAGCUUUGAUUACACGAUUUCACAUUGAUAUGGCAUUUUUUAAAAGAAUUUUCUUAUGUAUCUAGAUUUCAGUGGAGUUUUUACACACGGGUGCUUACAACUAUAGGUUUACAGCAUGGAUAAUAAGAGGAAAAGUCUACUGAAUAUUAUGUUCUUCUUAAAGUUACUUUUUCCAAUCUGA